CCGGAGGAAUCGAAGAAGAAGCGGACGGAGCAAGUCGUGUAUGAAAACUAAUUGCUUGCAUGACUGCGCAUACUAUGCGAGGGGACUGCGUGCGCGCGCGCGUCUGUGUGUGUUUGCAUGGGUGGGAUUCCUUCAUCGCGCCUCUGCCUCAGACAGUGGGGAACUUGUGACAACCGAUUGCUCCGGAGAUGAGCUGAAGCAGGAGCGUUCGCUUUCAGGGCUGCGAUCAGAAGCAGAACACCUGCGUUUACGGAGAGUUUUCUUUAAGCCUCCAAUUUGACGCCAACGUCUCUCUCUCUCUCUCCAUCUCUCUCUCUCUUUUUUUUUUUUCCUCCAGGAAAGCCUAACUAUCGUUUCGAGAAGAGCUGCAGUUCUCCAACCGGACACCAUCUCCCCUCUCUUUCUGCUUACUGCAAUACAUAAGAGGCGGGAGAUUUAUAGAGAAUGUAACCUUGGUUGGUGUAUAUAUUUUUUUCGGGGGGAGAAUAUUUUGUGCUGUAAAACAAUACAAUACGGGGGAGACUUAUUAGUGCCACCAGGCAUUUACCAGCCCUACUCCGAAGGAAACCGCGGACUAUCCCGAGCUUUUUUUUCCUCUCUGGAUCUGGCGGAUUUCAGCCUUGCAUCUUCAGCCUUUAAGCCUGAGUCGGGAUCCUAGUGGGAUUUUAGGUGGGGUUUUGUUCCAUCUCGUCAAAGACUGCUCUGAAGUGAACUCAGUGAGGGGCAUUCACCACUGGCCAGUGUUCGGGGCCUGGAAAAUAAUCACCAAUGGACCGGCUGGUUCUGUGCGUGCUGCUGUGCGCGGCUCUGGUGAAAGGCUACAGCUGCCCAGGCCGCUGCAUCUGCCAGCACCUCUCGCCGACACUGACUCUGCUUUGUGCAAAGACCGGGCUGCUUUUCGUGCCCCCCAGCAUCGACCGCAAGACGGUGGAGCUGCGCCUCACAGACAACUUCAUCACCAUCAUCCGCAAGAAGGACUUCCUCAACAUGACCAGCUUGGUCCACCUCACCCUAUCCCGCAACACGAUCAGCCAGAUCGUCCCGCACGCCUUCCUCGGCCUGCGGGCGCUGCGGGCGCUCCACAUGGACGGGAAUCGGCUCAGCGCCAUAAAGAGCGAGCACUUCAAAGGCCUCACCAACCUGCGGCAUCUCAUCCUGGGAAACAACCAGAUCCACCAGGUGGCGCCAACCUCCUUCGACGCAUUCGUCUUCACCAUUGAGGAUCUGGAUCUCUCCAACAACAACCUGCGCAGCCUUCCCUGGGAAGCCAUAGCCAGAAUGACCAACAUUAACACGCUCACCUUGGACCACAACCUGAUUGACCACAUCGAAGCGGGGACUUUCACUCUGCUCACCAAGCUGGUGCGCCUGGACAUGACCUCUAACCGUUUGCAGAAGCUCCCUCCGGACAGCCUGUUCCAGCACGCUCAGGUCCUGUCCGACGCCAAGGGCUCCAGCUCGUCCUCCCUGGCCGUGAGCUUUGGCGGCAAUCCGCUGCACUGCAACUGCGAGCUGCUGUGGCUGCGCCGGCUGACGCGCGAGGACGACUUGGAGACCUGCGCCUCACCGGAGCACCUCAUGGACAAAUAUUUCUGGUCCAUACAAGAAGAGGAGUUCAUCUGCGAGCCGCCGCUGAUCACCAAGUAUUACGCCUCGAAGCCCUACGUGAUGGAGGGGCAAGGUGUGACUUUAAAGUGCAAAGCCAUGGGGGACCCAGACCCCGACAUUCACUGGAGGUCACCGGACGGCAAGCUGGUGCAUAACAACUCCCGCACCAUCCUGUACGAUAACGGCACCCUUGACAUUCUCAUCACCACCCUGAAGGACAGCGGGUCAUUCAACUGCGUGGCGUCCAACGCCGCGGGCAUCGCCACGGCUGCUGUCGAGAUCAGCAUGAUCCCCUUACCCUUGUUCGUCAACAACACUGGCCACAUGCGCGAGGACCCCGGCCUCUCCGACAUCACCACCUCCUCCAAAGCCGGAAACGACACAAAAGGCUGGGACAAGCAGGGCAGAAGGGUGCUGGUCACGGAGCUGACCUCUUCGUCCGCCGUGAUCCGCUGGCCGUCCGAACGCCACAUCCCUGGGAUCAGGAUGUACCAGAUUCAGUACAACAGCACAGCCGACGACACUUUGGUGUACAGGAUGAUCCCUUCCACCAGCAAAAACUUCCUCAUCAACGACCUGGCUGCGGGACGGGAGUACGACCUGUGCGUGCUGGCCGUGUACGACGACGGCAUCACGUCGCUGACGGCCACGCGCGUGGUCGGCUGUGUGCAGUUCCACACUGCCAACGAGGUCAGCCAGUGCCGGUUCAUGCACAGCCAGUUCCUGGGAGGCACCAUGAUCAUCAUCAUCGGCGGCAUCAUCGUGGCUUCCGUGCUGGUGUUCAUCAUCAUCCUGAUGAUCCGCUACAAGGCCUACGGCAGCCCCGUCGACAGCAAGGCCAAGGCCAGCUCCACCACGCACUCGCAAACCAACGGCAGUGAGCAGCGGCUGCAGCGUUUGGCUUCGAAGCAGCCGUCCGACGAGGACCAGUCCGAAGCCCAGGCGCCCAAGGAGUGCAUGGCUCUGGUGCUCAGGGUGGAGAGCGAGAAGAAGGAGGAUCUGGCCACGACCACUGCUGUCCUCGAGGUGGAAUUGCCUCCGCAAGGGGACAAGAUGAAAAGAAGGAGCAGCAUGGAUGCUCAGCGCUCCGGACCGCCGUCUGAGGACACGCAGACGGACAGCAGCCUGACAGGCUCCACCAUGUCCCUCUGCCUCAUAGGCUCCAACGCCGGCACCAAGGAGGCGCCCAGGCUCAAGGACAAGAAAAGCGCUCUGGCCAGCGUGGGGUUACUCCCCAACGAGCUGGCGCGAACUAGGCACAGAUUCUCUUUUGAUGGAGGGGAUUACUCCAUAUUUCAGAGUCACAGUUACCCGCGCAGAGCGAGGACAAGGUGGCACAGGUCCACCAACCAGCUCAACAUGGAGUCAUCGCCGCUUGCCAACAGGAGAGUUACAUUCAGCAGCACUGAGUGGAUGCUUGAGAGCACAGUGUGAAGAAAGCAGCGUAGCAAAAAAAAAAAAAAGAAAUAGAUAAAUGAAGUGUUAGGGAGGCACAAACUGACAGGUAAAAACACAAAACGUCUACAUGCCAUACAGCACAAUGAUUAAAGACAAGCACAUUUACGUACUCAUGCUGACUUCCUGUGAGUUGCUGGAGAAGAACAGCCUCCCGUCAUCCUGCUUCCCCAUCGUGCUCCCAGAGAAGGUUUAUUUGGGCCAUGUCUCUUCUUUUUUGCAGCGGUGCCUUAUUCUUUAAACGUAUGAAUGGAGGAUGCUGCUCACUGUAGUCACAAACCUUCCUCUCCGUCAUCGCCUCCCACUCUGAUGGUGGUGGGAAGUGUUGUUUUGGCGAAUUUUGGUUUUCACUGUUUUCUGUGGCACACCGAGGGGGUGUGUGGCAUUUGGAUGUGACUGUUUAAUUGUUUAAAAAAAAAAAAAUACGAAGAAAAACAAAAACAAAACAAAACAAAACAAAAAAAAACUUCAUCAAGCAGUAACUUGUAAAGUGAACAGCCAGGUACCCUGUUAUGUCAAUCAUGUUUUGAGUUUUUUCGAUAAAUAAAAGAAAAAAAAAAACUUUUGCACAGAAGACACGAGAUACAAGGACACGUAUCAACACCAGUCUAUACAAUAUUAAUAAUAAAAAAGCAGAGGUUUUUUUUGAAUGCUGAUUUCUAAUGUUAGUGGAUAAAAAGGGUGGAUGUAAAAGCCUGCCAUGGACGGUCAGACUGUGCGAUGUUGAAUAGGUAUUGUUCCAGACGUGACUGUAUAUUCAUCGGUACUGUAUCUGGCUGGUCUAGAUAAAAGACAACAAACAAACAAAAAAAAAAGACAUAUAUAAGUAUAUUAAAACAUUGGUGUAUGUGUACUAACUAUGUAAAGUAAACAAGUCAUAUGUCACAUGACUUUUUACAGAGCAUUUGGGUGCUGGCUGCAAGUUUUUACAUUAAAAACCUGUGUCAUUACACCUCUCAAUAUUUAGUAUGUCCAAGUUUGAACCAUUUAUCCCCUCAUGAAGGGUAUUAAAUUUUUUUCUGUGGGUUAACUGUA